UGAAGGGAAAAUGCAGCAGGGGAAAAUGCACCCGAUGCAUACGUACCAAUCCAUCAGACCUUUCAAACAAAGAAAGAGUUUUGCAAGCAGAAUGGAAGAAGUUAUAGGCAUUCGGGAAAAAUUCCCCACAAAAGUCCCUGUAAUUGUUGAAAGAUAUCAGAGAGAAAGGUACCUUCCACUGCUAGACAAAACCAAAUUUCUUGUACCUCAGGAGCUGACCAUGACACAGUUUAUAACCAUCAUUAGGGGCAGGAUGGGACUGGGUUCUACGCAAGCUUUCUAUUUGCUAGUGAACAACAAGACUUUAGCCAGCAUGUCUCUGACUCUGGCUGAAAUAUACCAGGAUUACAAAGAUGAAGAUGGAUUUGUAUACAUGACUUAUGCUUCCCAGGAGAUGUUUGGAUACCAGUUGGCCACUGACAAAGGGAAAUCUAAUGAAUGUCUCCAAAAAACAUAAGUGUCCUUUGAGAGGCAGCUGCGGCUAGGCAGCGAAGCUGUGAAUCAUAUAAGUUACUUGAAGUGAAAAGAAGCUCUGUUUGACAUGGGCUCAGCUGAAAGAUUAAUGGCCCAGGAGCUGGCAAGGCCCAGCUAAAGAAGCAAGUAGUGGUAUAAACCAUCCUAAACAAAGGACAUGGGCAUUUGUUUUGUAUUUGAAUGGAUGCUUGUGUGACAAAAGAAAAUAGUUGGGGUAUGCUUCAGUGGGUUUUCUCUUUCUUUUAAAAAUGCCCUCAAAUUAUCUGUUUUAAAAUUAUUACUAAACUGGACAUUAGUGAGAUGCAAAUAAAUUAAUCUCAAGAUUGUGUGGGGAAAAACCAUUCAGUAUGGGAACCUUCCACAAAACUGGCUUGCAGGGUACACAGAAGAGCUGAUCAGAAUUCAGGUUACUGUAGCACUUCCUGUUUGUAAACAGUAUUUUUGAGCACAGCAAAACACAAAGGCUGUGGUUGGCUUUUAAUAUAUUUCCACAGUCAAUUGCUAAUCUUCCUCUGGGACGUAGAUUCCCCAAAAGUGAGUUUAGAGGUUUGCUUGCUUGCUUGUUUUUGGCUUGGCAUUGCCAAGUGGUGAGUCCCGUGUACAGCUGGGUUUUACACAGGAGGCCAGUGCUGUGUCAUGUGAUGGGCUUCCUCAGAAGUGCUAAUGCACACUGAUCACUACUUUAUGGUGCUUAUGAAAAUCAGCAUGCAAGGUGGGGGUCAGGAAAUCUAGGGGCACAGCUUCCUAAAUAGGGGUGAGGCUGGAGUGCAAACUGAAGGUUUCUAACCUUCAUGCUGAAGCAGCACUUCUUGUGGCCUUAGAAGGACUUCUGAGGGUUGCCUUUAGAGCUCUGCUGUGGGCCUCAGUGGACCCUUUAAACUUGACUCCAGUUGACCAGAUUGCCAUUUUAAAAUGAGCCUUGCCCAAAGUAUUUCCCUCGAUUGUAGUUCACCUCACAUAGUGCAAGGGGAUUAGAAAUUGCUGAACCUAAUCCUUGUUGAUAAAAUUAAACCAGUGAGUCUGUUGCACCAACAUCCAGCUUAAGAUGGCUGUACUUCAGUGGUGCUUAGCUAACUUAAAGGGUCCCUUAGUUGGCAGAAAUAUGCAACUAAAGUUCAGGUCUCUAGAAUGUCACAAACCGCAUGACCUGGAGCGUGUAUCACAGGCUUUGGGAACAAGUAAGCCUUUGUGGCUGGAGUUUUAUUUUUAAUAGGCGUUCACUGUGUGGUGAACAAAUAGUACCUUGCCGUGACAUGCAAUUUGAUUGACUAAACUGCUAGUUCUGAAAAACAGCACAAGUUAACUUGUCUGUGUAAGCCAGUGGGGUGCAGUGGUUAGAGUACCAGGCUAGGAUCUGAGAGACCCAGGGACAAAUCCCCAC